AUGUGUACUAAUUGUGACGUUUACACAGACAAUGAAUAUCUGAACAAAGGAAUUGUGUUGCCACAGAAUGAAGCACGCAGCUUAUUGAAGAGCUACACAAUGUUUUCAGAUGAGUAUACCCCAGGUGACAAGAUAACACGAUCUGUUGCUCGUAGAAUCUUUGAGGCAGAAGCUAUGUCAGUUGUUAAAGAUGGUUCGUACAUGGGAAUUUGGCAAUUGUUUUGCAGUGCAUCAGUUGCUGGGGUGAAAAUUUUGUCAGUUUACCCUGAUCUUGGAGACAGGUUGCCAAAGUUAUUGUUACACAGGACAAUCAUGCCACGGGUGUUUAGGACAUAUCAGUCGGAAAUCCUGAUCAUGUGGGCUUCUACACGUGAAGACCUUCAUCCUGAUGGGCAUAAUUGGAUACCAAACCAUUUUGUGCCACUUAUGCCUCAGACUGGGGAUUCAGAGCUUUUAUUUGACAUUGAUGAUGUUGAUGAUGACUAUGCAAGCAUAUCUUUAGAUGACAGCCUGAUUGAUCACAUUGUUCAAUCUGUACUGCAUGCAGAACCAGAGCUGCUAGCUGAUGCCAAACCUGAGCUACAUGUAGCUAAACCGGAGCUGUAUCCAGAUGCCAAACCCAAGCUAUCAUCUGCUACACUGUCUAAUCCAGACCAUUCACAGCUAGAGGAUUUCAAAAGGCCUCUGAAUGGCACCUCACCAAGUGGCAAGACGCUGCACUCUACACACAUUGGCAGGAUUGGAGCCCUAUCACACUGUGACAAAGAAUACCCAACAUCUAGUGAUGAAAUGAAACUACCAUUCAAAGGCCAGACCAAGAAGAGUCCCAUGAAGAACCCUGCACGAAAUGAUAACACAGAUCUCCCACCCAGUGGCCAAACUGGACCACAAUCCACUGGCAAGGUAGAACCCCGAUCUAUUGAUGAAGCACAUCCCCAGUCAAGUUGCGAGACACAAAAGAGUACUAUGUUGGAUUUCACAACCGGAGCCCAGACUGAGCCCUUACCCACUGAUGGGAGAUACACUCCACCAGUUGGCAAGACAUGUCCUCCAUCCAAUAUCCAUUUGGACCCCGCUUCCAGUGACCAUAUGGUCCCCCCAUCCAGAGGGAAGGUAGUCCCCCUGUCUAGUGGCAAGUUGGACUCACCAUACAGUUGCGAGACACACAAGAGGUGGUUCAAAGCCCUGAUGAGCUUGACAGCAUCCAUGGAUUGUGGUUGCAAUUCUACAGAAGAGCUAAGCGACAGUUAUGGACAAUGGAAGAUAAACCUUUUUUUGCAUGUUGGGAGGACAUAGUUAAACGUGUUGAAGAACCAUUGUUGUCAAUGUGUGGUUCCAGAAUAUAUUAUAAAUUCUGACAAUUUAAAUAAUGAACCGUCCGUCUCUGUGUGGUGUUCAACACUCCUGUUUUGAAAGUAGAUAAUUUGUAGAAACAAUAUCUUGUGGUUUCGAAUCCCACUGUGGAUAAUAUAUUACUUACAAAUGUUGCAGAACUCACUCAAUA